AAUGUUAGCACACUUAUUCGUGUGUCAUGACUGAACAGUUAUAGAUUCCCGAGUGUUGGAUUUUUUACUCGGUUUUCCUCCCAUUUAACAAAAGAAGUUUCCGAGGGUACAAGAUGGCUUCACUCAGAGAAUCUAUUGGUAGGAAUCUAGAGUGUCCAGUCUGCCUGGGCUUUCUGAAGGAUCAUCGAAUUCUGUCAUGCUCCCAUACCUUCUGCAGGGGUUGUCUAGAGUUUCUACUCAACUCUCAACGGGAUAAACAAAACAUCUCCUGUCCAGUAUGCCGAGAAACCACACCAAUUCCAGAUGGUGACGUUGGUGGAUUGCCGAUGAGCAAAGCAUUCCAGUCUAUGGUGGCGGUAAUAACGGCUGAGAACGAUAAAGAAAUUAAUGUCAAUGAUUUACAACGAGCUAACGUUACAUUGAAGAGACCCUGUACUUGCGAUGAACAUAUGGAUGGUGAUGAGGAAUGUUUCUGCGCCAACUGCGGGAAGUACAUAUGCUACAAGUGUGGCAUUGGUGAGCAUGUACAGGAGGGACACACGGUCAUGGAAUCUGAACACCAUAAAGAUGUCGUGAAAAGCAAUGUUGAUGAACUGUUGGCGAAAGCAGCGACAAAGAUAUGUGACAUCGAAAAAUACGUUGCCUGUAUAGCUGAACAACGGGAAGCAUGUGAGAAGGUAGAGAAGGAACUCCAUGACGACAUCAACCAAGCUUUUGAGAAAUCUGUUGCAGAGCUGAUGGAGCGUAAGGAGCUCCUUAAGAGCAAAGUUGUGAAUGAACUGAAGAAGAUAAAAACGUCAUUACUAGAAAUGGAAAAGAUCACUAAUCAUAAAGUGACAGAUAUCAACAAGGUUAGUGAGCUAGUAAGAGGGGGUUUAAAAUGUUUCCUGCAGAAAGCCUCUUUUCUGAAAGCACACGAAACCAUUUGUGAAGAGCUGGAAAAGCUUUUGAAGGAAUCAGAACCUGAUCAGGAAGGGCUAAGAAGAUUGACUCACCAAAGUGAACGCAUUCGCUUUGAAAGCGACAACCGAACGGCCAGAAAUAUCCUGGGCUGCGUUCGCCGAGGAAAACAAUGGAGAUUGGUGGCAGACAAGCAGCUACCAACAUCUAAUAGUAUGGAUAGUUUAGCAGUAUCUCCAAACAACGACAUAUCCGUUGGUUGCCAUGCAGGAGGAAUAGUCACAUAUUCUGCUAAUGGUACAUUACAAGAUAGAGUUCUGCUGAAUGUUUUAGUUCGGGGCUUACAAUAUAGGCCAGAUGGCUGCUAUAUUGUACGGAAAGGUGAAAAUAACAUUAUCACUCUCUAUACCCCAAAAUGUAAGAAACUUGCCCUCAUAUUUGGCUCACUGGAUAAUGUGGAGGGUGGCAUGGGUGGCUUUGCACGGGAUAUAGAUGGUCACAUUUUCAUCGGUUACAGGAAACUAAAAGAGAUACACGUGUUCGAUGCAGAAGGUGGGAUGCCAAUCAGAAAGAUAAAGUGUGAUGAAUACGAACCUCAGCAGAUCUUCUCAUUUUCGACAUGCAACAAGAUCUUGGUUAGAGACUUAAAUGCAAUAAGGGUGGUCGACAGCAUAUCAGGAACCAUCCUGCAUAGCGUCACCAAAGAAGACCUCUCUGGAUUCCCAUGUUUGUGCACUGAUGACACGGUUCUCAUUGCAUGGGUUAACCAUAAGGAAGGUGUUGCAAACAUCUGUCUUUAUACAAGUGAGCUCAAAAUGAUGAAAAUCAUCAUCAGUGACUUUCACUUUCAAAUCUCGAAAAGAAUGUGGUACUUUCUCCAAACAUUCGAGAGUGGGGAGAUAGCUUUCUGUACUCCAGACAGACUCUACAUCUUCCGGGAGUCACUAUAGAGCGACACACAUCUAAUUAUUCAUAAUAAUCUAAAUCGCCGAUACACAUUAGAAUAAUACGUAUCUAUGAAUUAGUAACCAGCUGUAGUAUGUAGAUAGAUAGAUGGCGCUAUAUAAAUGCCUAUUAUUAUUAUUAUUAUUACAUGGACACGAGAAUGAAUCUCUUUCAAUUAGUCUCCGGGAGAUCAAGUUACCGGUCAGCCCUUCUGUGCAUUUUAGACACACACGACAAUGAUUACAUCUUACUGGAUUCUUUUAGUGAUAGUAUAUUAAUUUAUGAUAUCUACUAAAGAAUACUGAAACGAUAUUUGUAUAUUUAUUUGGAAGGAAUAUAUAGCUGAUGGCACGCAAACAAACUUUACUCAGCUGUCUAAGACUUUUGCUAGUCAACGGCAUUGUGAUCUUCAUGUAGAUCAGAAUGGAAGAAUGACAUUAUCACGCCCUUUAUACUUAUUCGAAAUCAGCUAGAAUCAAGGAGAUGUUGCCGUAAUAUAAACAGAAACACCGCCGAUAUUCGGGAGGGAAUUUCAAAUUGCAAGAAUGUCCUUGAAGUUGACUCGGCUAGUCCUUGAACCCACUGAACAUCCAGCAAUACAGUGGCGUAUCUAGAAAAAGCAAUCCCUUAACAAGUGUAUGUAAUUUAUUAAAAUUGAGCCCUUUCCAAUAUAUGACUUCGUAGUGGGGGUGGUAAGUGGUACUGAAAUAUCGCUGAAAUAACUGUUGAUGUUGAUAGCGUCUUUGAUUGUUAUUGACAUUAAUAUCCCAAUGGGAUUCCCCUCUUUUCUUAUAAACUUUUCUCACUAAUCCAAUACAAGCCCACUUUUUGUCUCUCCCACCAGAGGUGAAGGCGAGACUUAGGGAUCCAAAUGUCGUCUGUCGUCCGUCCGUCACAAACCUUAUGACACAUAACUCCACAACCGUAAUUCACUUUCCAACCAAACUUGGAUGGUAGAUGGACUUGGGUGACCUGCAUGUUAUGCUACAGUCGGAGGUCACAUGGUAAGGUCAAAGGUCAUUUUCAGGUCAACGUUAAAGUUUACAUGCAAGACUCUCUUAUGACACCUAACUCCGCAACUGUAAGUCACUUUUCAACCAAACUUAGAUGGUAGAUGGACUUGGGGGACCUGCGUGUUAUGCUUCAGUCGGAGGCCACAUGGUAAGGUCAAAGGUCAUUUUCAGGUCAACGUUGAGGUUUACUUGCAAGACUCUCUUAUGACACCUAACUCUGCAACCGUAAGUCACUUUUCAACCAAACUUGGAUGGUAGAUGGACUUGGGAGACCUGCAUGUUAUGCUGCAGUCUGAGGUCACAUGGUAAGGUCAAAGGUCAUUUUUAGGCAAACGUUAAAGUUAACAUGCAAUACUCUCUUACGACACCUAAAUCCGCAACCGUAAGUAACUUUUCAACCAAACUUGAAUGGUAGAUGGACUUAGGCGACCUGCAUGUUGUGCUGCAGUCAGAAGUCACAUGGUAAAGUCAAAGGUUCUUUAAGUUUACUUGCAAGACUUUUAUGACAAGUUUUAUUCCAUCCCAGUCAUUUCACAAUGAAGUUUCGAUACAAUUCUGUUGAGUGCCCUCGCAAAUCACGAUAUUUCUGGUUAUUUUCACAAGUGGGCGAGACACAAAAUUGCUUUUGCCUUGUUUUCCUAUUUUAAGCCACCUGAAAUUUGUAGGAGAUACAUGAGGUUGCCGAAUAUAUUCACAAUUACUCUAGUUCGCAAUCUUGUUCGAAUUCCAGAGGCCUUUGUGCGUAUUGGAUUCGGAGUACGUUAAUAAUUUUCGAUUGCAGUUGGAAAAUAUAUAUCUCUUAGAUUACGCAGUAAAAGUUAUAAGCAUGAACAUGUUCUCGUUGGGCUGACGAAUGAGCCCAAACAUAUCAAACGCUCUGAGAAUGUAUAUUAAAACACACUUCGAAUAUACAGGAAAAUUUAACAUAUUAUGAAUAUAUUGGAAUAGAAUUAUAUACACCUACAAUAAUUGUAGGAUGUUAUGUUGACGAAUAAUGUAAAUUUGUAUAAAAAUGCAAAUGUGGAUUCCAGUAUGAAAAAUAUAUAAAUACCCAUUGUCGAAUUAAAAUGUAAAAUUAACUGCAUGUUAUAUGGUCUUGAAAAAUAAAUUAAUCAACU